GGCGGCGGCGGCGAUGGGGAGCGGCGGCGUGAUCCACUGCAGGUGUGCCAAGUGUUUCAGUUACCCUACGAAGCGGAGAAUACGGAGGAGACCCCGAAACCUCACCAUCUUGAAUCUCCCUGAAGAUGUGCUCUUUCAUAUCCUGAAAUGGCUCUCUGUCGGGGACAUCCUCGCUGUCCGAGCUGUGCACUCCCACCUGAAGAGCCUGGUGGACAGCCACGCCAGCGUGUGGGCGUGUGCCAGCUUCCAGGAGCUGUGGCCUUCUCCAAAGAACCUAAAGCUCUUUGAAAGGGCUGCCGAAAAGGGAAAUUUUGAAGCCGCUGUGAAGCUGGGCAUAGCCUACCUCUACAACGAAGGCCUGUCUGUGUCUGAUGAAGCCCGUGCGGAAGUGAAUGGCCUGAAGGCUUCUCGCUUCUUCAGUCUUGCCGAGCGCCUGAAUGCAGGCAGCACGCCCUUCAUCUGGCUCUUCAUCCGCCCUCCGUGGUCGGUGUCCGGAAGCUGCUGCAAGGCCGUGGUUCAUGAGAGCCUCAGGGCAGAGUGCCAGCUGCGGGGACUGAGCCCCGGCAAGGAGCACACAUGGGGCCCGCAUUCUGGGCGAUCUGAGCUGCACAGGACUCACCGAGCAUCCAUACUGCACUGUUUGGGGAGAGUACUGAGUCUCUUCGAGGAUGAAGAGCGCAAGCAGGAGGCCCGGGACCUGUUUGAGGAGUCUGCUAGCCAGGGCUGUCUGGCCAGCUCGUACCUCCUGUGGGAACGUGACAGGAAGACAGACAUGUCAGAUCCUGGACGAUGCCUCCACAGCUUCCGGAAACUCAGGGACUACGCUGCCAAAGGAUGCUGGGAAGCACAGCUGUCGUUGGCCAAAGCCUGCGCGAAUGGGAGCCAGCUGGGGCUGGAAGGGAAGGUCUCCGACGGAAUCGUGCGCCAGCUCUUCCAGGCCUCCCGCGCCAUCAGCAAGCAGCGGGUCUUCUCCGUGCAGAAGGGACUCAGCGACACGAUGAGGUACAUCCUGAUUGACUGGCUGGUGGAGGUCGCCACCAUGAAGGACUUCACGAGCCUGUGCCUGCAUCUGACUGUGGAGUGCGUGGACCGGUACCUGCGGAGGAGGCUCGUGCCCCGCUACAGGCUCCAGCUGCUGGGCAUCGCCUGCAUGGUCAUCUGCACCCGGUUCAUCAGCAAAGAGAUCCUGACAAUCCGAGAGGCAGUGUGGCUCACGGACAACACGUACAAGUAUGAGGACCUGGUGAGGAUGAUGGGAGAGAUCAUCUCCGCCCUGGAAGGGAAGAUUCGAGUCCCCACUGUGGUGGAUUACAAGGACGUCCUGCUGACGCUGGUCCCUGCGGCCCCAAGAACCCAACACCUGUGCGGCUUCCUGUGUGAGCUGUCCCUGCUGCACACCAGCCUGGCCGCCUACACUCCAGCCCGUCUGGCCGCGGCCGCCCUGCUGCUCGCGCGGCUGACCCAUGGACAGACGCAGCCCUGGUCCACGAGGUUGUGGGACGUCACUGGCUUCUCCUGUGAAGACCUCAUACCCUGUGUCCUGAGCCUUCAUCAGAAGUGCUUCCACGACGACGCCCCCAAGGACUACAGGCAAGUCUCUCUGACCGCCGUGAAGCAGCGAUUCGAGGACAAGCGCUACGAAGAGAUCAGCCAGGAAGAGGUGCUGAGCUACGGCCAGCUGUGCGCGGCACUGGGUGUGAAGCAAGGCAGCCCUGAGCCCACGGCCUUCCUCAGCGCAGGGGACAUUCACGCCUUCCUCAGCUCUCCGUCGGGAAGGAGGACCAAGCGGAAGCGGGAGAACAGCCUCCAGGAGGACAGGGGCAGCUUCGUCACCACGCCCACUGCGGAGCUGUCCAGCCAGGAGGAGGUGCUGCUGGGCAGCUUCCUGGACUGGAGCCUGGACUCCUGCUCUGGCUACGAGGGCGACCAGGAGAGCGAAGGCGAGAAGGAUGGUGACGUGACGGCGCCCAGCGGCAUCCUCGACGUCACCGUGGUCUAUCUAAACCCAGAACAGCACUGCUGCCAGGAAUCGAGCGAUGAGGAGGCCUGCCUGGAGGACGGUGGACGCCGGGGUGUGCACACCUACACCCCGGGUACCCAGACGCCUCCGAGCCCCGGGCCCCCGCCUCUGCUCCGCGGCCGGAGGGAGCCGGGCAAGGACAGCGUGACCUCAGGGUACUCCUCCAUCUGCAGCGCGAGUCCCACAGACUUGGUGGACGGUGUCUCGGGGCCCCCCUCCCGACCUACCUCAGUGCCGUCCCCGGGCAGUGACUCGGGCACACAGCCUUGCCGCCAUCAUGCCAAGAAGCCAUGUUUACAGUGUCACUCUCCAGGCCUCCCGGAGAGCAGCACCCUGCAGCAGCAGGUGAAGGGGAAAAGUCUGUCCGCCCACAGCAAGCACGAGGAGGAGGAGAGGGGUCUGAGCGCGGCUCGCUGAGGCUGUGGGUGCCUGCGCCUGCCGUGGGGAACGUUUGCUGGGGGCGUGCUGCCGCUGCACCGCGGGGCCUGGGGGCUCCGGAGGCGGCUGCCGCGUGCACCCCAGUGGCUCUCACACAGGGAACCGAGAGAACUCGGGACACCAAGUGGCCUUCUCCGGAGCAGCCCCGCGCGAGCCGUCAGGACGUCCAAGUCCGAACAGAAACUCAGUUCUUCCCUUUGGAAAGUUCAGCCUCAAAGUACUCAUGCCACGCCCUGUGAAGUCCCUGUCCCUGUCCCCUGUCGUGUCUGUCCUCCUCUCUCUGGGGAGCUUGAGCCCCCGGCCCGCUCUCCCCAGCCCCACUGAGCCGCAUCCCGGGAACCAGCGGCUUUCACAGCCGAGAACACGUGCGAGCAGGAGGCCUGGCGCAGCUCACCCCCGCGUCUGAGGGGUUCGGUGAGCGGAGCCCGCCUGCCUGAGCGCGCACACCACAGUCCUGUCCUCGCAUCCGCCUCGGCUCCCUUCCUCGCCGGGUGGCAGGGCCCCUGCUGAGGGGGGCGUGCACGAGACCACCAGCUGGGCAGCCCGGAGUCUUUUCAGGCCAGGGCCUUGAAGCUGUCAGCCCUAACCUCCCUGCCUGCCAUCCUUUCACCUCCUUUUAGAGAAACCUCUCUUCCCCCCGGAGUGAUUUGUCUGCCCCCGGUGGGUGGUGUCCAUAUGAAUACCUCUCUCUGCACUGAAUUUCUAGGCCAUUUCUUUUCCUGUCUUUAUUUCCAUCCUUCAUUUUUCUAAGAUGGAAAUAAAAGAAAAAUUAAAGAUAGAAGAUAUUAAAUUUAAAAAAGAGAUUCCUAAUUUUAUUUAGGCUCAAGUUAAAAAAAGGAACAUCUGACUCAGAUCCCUCAGUGCUAUCCUGACACUCUUGAGGUGAAAAGAAUUUUCCCAGAGACGUUGGACAAAAAAAAUAGUUAAAUGUUAUUUGUAACUCUGA